AUGAGUAAUUUUUUUCAAAAAAACAUUGGAAAACUCCGAAAUAUUGGAAAAUUAAGCAAUCAAAGUGGAUUAAAAAGGAAAAGUACGACUUACUAUGAGCUUACUUCCGAUCACAUUUCACAAAUUCUCGAUGGACAAGCCUUAGAUUUUAGUGAUUCUCACUUCCAGUACCUAAAUAACUUAGUCAAUCAUGAUUGGAAGAAUUUGGCGGGAAAAUUAAAACAAAAAUUUUUAACCUCAAAUUUUACAUUUCAAAAUGAAAGUUUAAAGUUUGAAAAGUUGGCAGAAAUAAGUUCGGAAGUCUUUAAUUCAUUAAGUUCUGAGCAGAUUGUGGAUGUGCUGGAUGGGAAGGAACUAGUCAUUGGUAGCAUGAUUCAGAAUAGAACAGAAUUUUACUUAGAAAGGAAGCUAAUUUUUGAGGACAUUAAGGUUGGGUAUAUAUUUUUGGAAUUCCUACAGAAUUUUAAGAACAAGACGGUCCAUGACUUAUUUGAGAGAUUUCCGGAAUAUAAAGUAUUCUUAAGUGGAGUUCCAUAUGAAGCUUUGAUAUUCAUUGAGAACUUACAAGUUGAUAAAUUCACUUUACAAGAUAUUUAUGCUUUAAUUCAGGAUAUCGGCUUUGAUAUAUACGCUGAGGUUGUCAAGGAAAUAGAGAAGCAAGGAUUCAUUAAAGAUUACGAUCAAUUUCUAGCUGACCUCAAUUCCGACAAACUUAAAUUCAUCCAACACGACUUCGAUAAAGUCUUUCAAGAAGCGAAAAAGUCAAAAAUCUUCAUUUUAUCAUCAGAAGCUGGUGCUGGCAAGACGGUGACUUUUGAGCAGCUUGCAAUGAGGAUUAAGAAGAAGAAUCCAAUUCAGUGGGUGUCGUACAUCGACAUGAAGGACUUUGUUAACUUAUAUAAAAGGUUUAAAGAUGGUGAGGAGCUUUUGACUCACAUUUUGAGGUUAGGAAGUGAAAAUGAAUUCGAAAAGAAGGUUUUUGAGGUGCUGUACAAGUCAGGCAAUGCUGUGCUGCUUUGGAAUGGCUUCGAUGAAAUUUCACCAGAUUAUAAUAAAUUUAUUAUCGACAUUCUGACUCAAGUUCGUGAAAAUACGCAAAAUGUUCAGUUUAUAUCAACUCGACCGCUUUUUUCACUGCAGCUACGCGACAAAUUUAAGAAAAGAACCUUCCAGUUGAUUCCAUACAGCAAAGCACAGCAAGAAGAAUUUUUAAGGAAAUUUUUCACAUCCAAAAAUGUUGAAAAGUCAAAAAUUGACAGAAAUAUCGGAAAAAUUCAAAAAACAAUCAAAAGUUUGCUAGUCGGUGGACUGACAAGUGAAGCUAAGGAGACAACUCGUGACUUUAACACACCAUUGAUGCUUAAGCUAGUCGCAGAAAUUUAUGUCGAUAACGAUCAAGUUGAAUCAGAUAAUUUUUAUGAAAUUUAUCAACAGUUUGUCGAGAAGAAGGUCGGCGUGUGGCUGGACAGCAGUCCAUUUGUGAAGAAUAUUGUCAAUAAGCUGCUGUCACGAAGCUUCAAUAUAAUCGAAAUUUAUCAAAAAUAUUCACUGCCUAAUGAGCUGUACGAAGCUCUUCAUCUCCAAAUCAUAUUUGAACUCAAAAAACUCAAAGUCAUGUCCCGUCAAAUUCCAAGUGGACUUCCAAAAACUGAAAUAUCAAGGAUGGGAAUUUUGUACAUAAAUGACGACACAAAGUUCGAGUUUGCUCAUAAAACUUUAGAGGAAUUUUUUACAGCUCAAUAUUUUAUUGAGAAUAUUUACAAUGCAGACUAUGAUGUAAGUCCAGAAGAAGCUUAUUAUAGGCUUGAAAUAUUCUUUUAUAUUGCACAGAAUUACGGAUACAAUCAGGUCAUGGUUACUGAUUUUAUGAUAUCAUAUUUGGAUAAAGUUAAUGGAGUAGACGGUCAACAUCGUGUUCGACGGGGGAUUGUUAUGGAAAAUGAAGGGGAUUUGAGGUUAGGAAGGAUUGAUUUUGAUAAAAAGUCUUCUAAGUUGAGGUUAGGUUCUGAUAAAAGAGAAUUUGUAGCAAAAAAUGAAAUUUUGAGGUUAAGUCACAGUGAAUCUAUCAAAAAUGUUACUAUUUUGAGGUUAGGUGCAGCAAGUUUCAGCAAAACAGAUAUCAAUGGAGAAAUGAGGGCAGAAAGCAACACUCUGGUCCAAAAUGAUAUCAAUUUGAGGUUAGGAUCAAAAAGUGGGCACAAAAUUGAGAAGCUUAAAAGUUUGAGGUUAAGCGAAAAAAGUAAAGUUCAAAAAGACAAUGCUUCAAUGUUAGGAAGCGAUGAAGCUAUGAUCUUGACCAAAAAUGACACAUCUUUUAGGUUAGAUCAUGAACAAUCCAAGAGUCAGAAGGGCUACGGAAACAACUUCAUACCAGAUGGACGAUCAUUUUAG